AGGUGUCACUAAAAUAACAAACAUCAACGGAUUCAAAGAAAGCAAAUCAAAGAAAGAAUUCAAUGGCUUGAAUGAGAGGGGAAGCUGGACAUAUUUCUUUUCUUGUAGGAGUCGAGGAGUUUCAAGAGGGCCUCUCCCAUCCAUUCCCUUCAUCAUGGUGGACCUGUUCCUAAACAGAGUUCUGGUGGAGAACAACUGGGACCAAGAUGAGCUCAACACGGAGCGUGAGAUCAUUGGCAUUCUCGAAAACCGCAUCGUUCUGCUGUUCUUUGCAUCUGCUAAGUGUGACAAGUGUCAGGAGUUUCUACCUGUUCUCAAUGACUUUUUUAAGAGACUGAAAGAUCCAGCGUACAUCGAAUACCCCAAACUGUUCGCACUCAUUUACAUCAGCCUGGAUGAAUCAGAGGAGGAACAGGAAAGAGUGCUCAAAGAGCUGCACAAAAAGGUUUUGUUUUUGGCCUUUGAGGACCCAUACAGGAUUGAACUGCAGGCCAUGUUUAAGGUGAAGGAUGUCCCAACAGUACUGGUCCUACGCCCUGACGGCUCAAUCCUCUCUCCAAAUGCUGUGAAGGAAAUCUGUCGUUUGGGUUCCGACUGUUUCCAAAACUGGCAGGAAUCCGCAGAGCUCAUUGAGAGGACCUUCAUGCUCAAUGAGGAGUUCGACAACUUAAAUCUGCGCAGCGCCACUGACCCUGUGAGGAGACUCAAAUACAAGACAGAGGAUGACAAGAGGAAAAAGAGAUGGUGGAAGUUAUGGGCAAAGGGCAAAGGUGCAUAUGAAGAGGAGGAAGAGGAGAAAGAUGGAACGUGGGAUACAAAGAGGCGAGAGAGAGAUAAAGGAAUAUGGACAAAUAGAUAAGGAGAAACAGACAAAUAUAUAAAUAUAUAUGUAUAUAAAAGUGUUGAUUGUCUUAGAGCAGGUCCAGCCUGAUAAAUACUUCAUUCUUGGUUACUGAUGCUGCAGCCUCUUUAAGUAACACCCAUUUUGUCUGCCUGCAAUGGCAUGUACAGUGGAAUUAAGCAAAAAAGAAAAAAAGAAAAAGAAAAAAGAAAGUCAACACUGUAAAGACCUCCACUGUGUUGUCAGAGGUAAGAGAUGUCUUGUAGAGACAGAGACAUGUAGAGACAUAACAUAACUGCGCCUCCCUGCACAGAUCACACAAAACUUUGAAAGGAAUGAAAUAGGACUGAGGUAAUAUGCUACUGUUACUGUUUCUACUGUUACAUACUGUAAAUUUUAAUGGAGACUGUCUUCUUCUCAUUAUUAUUAUUAUAAUUUACAAAAUACGAUCCAGUCCAGUCUUUUGCAACUAAUGACUGUUAACUUGGUAGGAGAGGUUUUCAGUCAUCAGAGCAAAUGUCUGUUCUCAAACACAGGGAUAUAUAUGUGCAGUACAUGUCUCAAACAUUUCUGAACCACCAAAACCCAAUUUAUAUCUCCACAAAUCAAUAUUUGUGUUUUUUACCUUUUCUAGCUCAAUCUUUUUGGAGUAAUUCGGGUCAUUAAUUCACAUCCACCACAUUCCCAAUGGCAUCAGGCUGCUGUUUUCAGCUAGAGAUAUUAUUUGUCUUAGCAGUUGGUGGAGACCAAAGCAGAACUAAAAUCAGAGUGAAUAUUGGCCUUGCAUUCAUCAGGUGGCCAGAAAACAGUUUCAACAAUAA